AUGAAGUCGAAACAACAACAACAAGAGCCUAUUAUGGCUUCUCACGCUGAGAAUACUUCAGAAGCCUCUAUCGCUCACCAGGAGAGCCAACAAAAGGGUUGGAUCAUUGGCGGCAAAUAUCGUGAAUCAUUAUACGAAGCCGAGCACAACCAGGAACUUGACAGCCAGCUCCUCCAAGAGGUGGACUUUGACCUUCCUCUUACGGUUACCAAGCCCACCCAACAUGACGGACAGAACUUGAUCGUCUUGGAAUUCGCCGAGGGCGACAAGGAGAAUCCUUUCAACUGGAACUCCAAAUAUAAGGCUUUCAUCAGUUUGCUGCUCUGCCUGAUGACCUUGUUCAUUGGUCUCGCCACAACAGCCUACAGCUCUGGAAUUUCACGGAUGGUGGAUGAUCUUGGUGUCUCGACUGAACUGGGACAAUUGGGUCUUUUCACCUUCAACUUCACCUGUGCUCUUGCACCUCUUUUCUUAGCACCUUUCUGUGAGCUGGCUGGCCGGCGGGUUGUCUAUGUCGGUGCUUAUGUCUGCUUCGCUCUCAUGUUCAUCGGUCUUUCCCUGGGCAAGAACAUUGCCACCAUUCUCGUCUGUCGUGCUCUGCUCGGUCUGUUCGGUUGUGUCGGUACUAUCCUUGUCGGUGGUACCUUCGGUGACAUGUACACCCCGGCACACCGUGCCAUCCCUAUGGCUUCCUUCUCAUUCAUCGCCAUCUUCGGUACCGUCGCUGCUCCCAUAUACGCCGGCUUCAUUGACCAGGCUCUGGGCUGGCGUUGGGUUGAGGGUAUUCAGGGUCUUGCAAACAUCCCUCUUGUCAUUGUCAUUGCCAUUUUCCUCCGUGAGACCCGUGGAGGUGUGACUCUCAAGAAGCGCGCAAAGAUGAUUCGGGAGUCCACCGGUGACGACCGCUUCGUCACCCACAACGACCUGGAAGCCCCCGGUAUCAAGAAGAUGCUUCACAAUUCAUCCGUCAAGGCCAUUAAGAUGUUGUUCACCGAGCCCGUCGUGUUCGCCUUUGGUCUUUGGAUCAGUUUCGCCUGGUUCCUGACCUUCCUCUUCCUCUCUGUCAUUCCAAUUACCUACCAGGAAAAGAAGGGCUGGGGUGAGGGCGUCUCUGGCUUGCCCUACAUCGCUCUGUGUAUCGGUACCACCCUGGGCUUCGGUCUGAACUUCCUUCAGAUCAGGAAGAGUCCCGCCCCCGAGGCCCGUCUUUACGGUGCCAUGUGCGGCGCCGUCUGGCUGCCCGUCGGUCUGUUCAUCUACAGCUUCACCCAGUACAAGGACCUCUUCUGGUUCGGCCCUGUUGUCGGCCUUGUCCUCAUUGGCCUCGGCAUCUUCUUCAUCUUCGAGUCAUGCUACAGUUAUACUGCUGACUGCUACGGCGACAAUGCUUCUUCUGCUAUUGCCGGUCAGGGUUUCAUGCGUAACACCCUCGGUGCCGUGUCGCCCUUGUUUGCAUCCCAAUUCUUCCACAACAUGGGCAGCCAAUGGGCUGGUUUGCUAUUGGCUCUCAUUGCUACCCUUCUCACCAUUAUCCCUUAUGCCUUGUUCAAGUACGGACCUGCUCUGCGAGCUCGGUCCAGACUUGCUAGCACUAUUCUCAGUACUCAGGUCGCGUAA